CUGUAGGAGGGAAGAAAGAGUUCUUCACCUCCCUCCCUUAUUUUGAACAUUUCAGUUGACUGGGUGAUUGAGAUUUUUCUUAAACAACAAAAACAAAACCAGGGAACCACUGAACAGUUUUCACUGAAUUGCAUUUUAUUUUGGACUCUCUGGACAUCUGGGUUCCAAGUGGUUCCUGGGUGACACCAAGACGUGAGUCCAAUAAGUUGAAGCUGGUGGGGCAGAAAUCCAGGGGUCUUGGGGUCUUCCAAGGAAGAAUUAGGGCCUGAGCUGCCAGACCACAGGCUGAGAACUAGAAUCUUGAGUUUUUGCUCUCAGUUUUCUUCCGCCACUGUCUUUGCCGUUCUGCUUUCCUUGUUUUGGGCUGCGCUGCCUUCAGCCAUGUUGGCCAUUUCUGCCCCUCUCCCAUGCAAGUUUGGUCACGUUCUUCUCAUCAGCUUGAUUUUCUGGGCUGCCUUGGCCCCUACAGCUCCUGCUUUCCCCCUGCCAAAUUCUAGCCCCCUCUACCAGUUUGAUGGGCAAGUCCGUCUUCGCCACCUCUAUACAGCGGAUGACCAGACACAACUCCACCUAGAGAUCAUGCCAGAUGGUGCGGUGCGUGGCUCCAGAUACCAGAACCCAUUCAGUUUGAUGGAAAUCAAAGCUGUGAAGCCAGGAAUAAUUCGCAUGCUGGCCAAGAAGACCUCGAGGUUUCUCUGUAUGAAGCCCAAUGGACACCUCUAUGGCUCAUUAUCCUAUUCUGAGGAGGCAUGCAACUUCCGGGAGAUGGUUCUCCGUGAUGGCUACAAUCUGUACUACUCUGAAACCUACAAUAUCCCUGUCAGUCUCAGCUCCACAGGGAACCUGGCUCGGAGUCACCAGCUCCCCCCCUUCUCCCAGUUCCUGCCCUUGGUCAACAAGAUUCCCCUUGAACCCAUGUUCGUGGACUAUGACUUCUAUGAACAGGAACUUAAUGUUGAGUCAGCCGACCCCCUCAGCAUGAUGGGCCAAAACCGUGGCAUCAUCAGCCCAAGCUAUGUUUUCUGAUCACUUGGGACCCUGAUUCCUUGGGAGGUUUCUGGACAAGUGGUUUUUCUUGCCAUGUAAAAUUUGAUGGAGCAAUUCAACGUUUGGAAGAGGAGCAGAAAGAAAAGUUAACCGAUAGUGCUUGGCACAGAUUCUCAAUGAGUGACUUUCCAGCGUAUCCUGGACAAGGUUGCAUCCCACUUGCGGACAGCUGUGUAAAUGAUGUUUUCAAGCACAUAAGGAAAAUCCAGCAGCAAUGGAGGCAAAAAUCUCAUUUUGUUGGACUAAGAUUGCUUGCUUUUUCAACCUGUUAUUGUUAAUCUUGCCAGUUUUUUCAGGGUUUUAUUUGUAUUUUUCUUACCUAUUUAAAUAACUUAUUUAUUAUAUGUCAGGUUAAUUUAUUGAAGGAGGCUAGAAAGAGUUGGGAUGCAGACAAGAGAGGCUAAGGGCGGUAUAGAAAUGGAAUGAAAUAAAUAAAUAAAUACAUAAUAAUAAUAAAUUUAAUUUUUGUGUCGCCUAUCUGGCCGAAGCCACUCUAGGCGACGUACACAUUAAAAUGCAGUAAAAUACAUGAGAAAUCAUGAGAAAGUUUUCUUGCUGGCAAAUAAUUUAAAUAUUGUUAUUUAUUUAGAGAUAUGUAUGUAUGUAUAUUGUGUUUUUUGCAUAUUUAUUUUCCUUUUAGGGGAAGGAAUGACAGUUAACGAGAGUAGUGUAGAUAUAUGCUCAUGACAAACUUGUGCCUUACAUCUCCAGUGCUUAGCCUGUUCCUCCUUUUUCCUUUUAGAAGAACACUGAGAAAGGAGCAGAGCUAUGGAGAAAGGAGGUCAUGACAGUGGAGUUCUGUAGAUCAGACAGGCCACAGCAACUAAUCAUAGAAUUCUGAGCCCUGUUUUCAUUGUUCAUUGUCUGUGAAGUUGCUGGUGCCCAUGUACAAUAUAAGAACCUGCAGUCUUAUGUCUUUCCCCCAGUAGAAAUAUAAAAAAGUGACUGUGAGCUUGAUCAGAUAUUAAAGAGAUUGAUAUAGAGUGGGUUCCCAGCGCAUGUUCUUUUAGAGAUGUGGUAGUUCCUUACCCCCACCAGCAGAACCCCAUCCCCUAUAGGCUCCAUUUAAUGUAGGAAGCAGUUCUUGGAAGCAGUUCAUGUACAGAGUAGUUCUUGUUGGUUAUUUUUAUUUAUUUAUUUAUUAAACUUUUCUAACCACCUUUUCAUUAAAAAUGUUGAGACUUUACUGUACUUUUUUCAACAAUUGUGCUUUAUGGCAGAAUAUGUCAGUGCACAGAUUUCAAAGUAGCUUUUCAGUAGUUUUGCAGCACUGUGAUUGGCCAACAUGAUUUAAAUAUUUUUAAUCAUCAGCUUUUCUUCCCUUGUUACUAUUUGGU